AACUUGACUUGGAAUUUCUACUUUCCUUCAUUCCGCUUUCAUCUUUUCCAAUGCCAUCUCUGGAGAAAGGUAUCUAGGAUUCAUGUUCUGCUGAUUUUCCAGGUCAACUGUAUAAUCGGAAGGACACAAUGUCACUCUAUGCGGUACAUACGGCCCUGAAUCUACCGACAGCAACAUCACACCCCUCCUCGAAUUGUGUGCAAUGGUCGUCCGAUGGUCAAGUAGUGAUUGCCACCAAGUCGGCUGUACACAUAAUGACACCAGACCAUGGAAUCAAUUUCGAUACGACGUCGGUUCUCAGGUCUGUUGGUGAAGCGGGAGGUAUACCUCAUGUCGGCUGGUUCCGCACGUUGAUUCAGUUGGAUAAAACCGCAACUUUGAGAUGGCCCGAACAUUCACAAGAGUGGGCUGCGAACUCCUUAGGAUCGAUAGAUGUCUCUUUGUUGGCGGUGACCAUCUCACCGACAUGCGUAACCGUUGACGCGGGAUGCGUACUUGCAACUCUAAGUUCAAACAUGGAUCUAGUGCUCUGGGUAUCAAGCAAAAAUGCCCUAAAAGGAGAAUGGACGAGAACCCAUGAUGUAACGACCUUCCUAAUGAAAGAAUACGCGUCGGGUGAUGAAACCGACGUGUCUAAAGUCCUCAAGGCCCAAAUUAUCAGCAUAUCGUGGUCUCCUCAGCCCAAUUUUGGAUUAUCACCAGCCCCGUUGAUCAAUGGGUCAUUGCUUGUUGGCGGGAGUCGUGGAGGUUCCCUAGUUUUUAUAAGGUAUAAUGAAGAAUACGACGCUCAGCACAUACAUACUAUAUCGGUUGCGGAAGGAUGGAUUACAAAUGUGGCAUUUUCUUCUUGGACAUUGGCUGGGCCUACACGAUGCGAGGCGCAUGUAGCAUAUGCGGUAGCUGAUGGCACUAUCGGUCUCGUGAAGGUCACUGAAGAGCUCCAAGUCUCGUCAGAUGAUUUCGGUGAAAACUAUGACAUCAAAUUUUCUUUUUUCAACGAAUCAAACAUUGGGGAACGUGACGGUCGAGGAGUGACGGCUUUGCAAUGGAUAGAAGUUCCUGGGAAACCUUAUGCACUCGUCCACUGUAGACCGAGCACGGUAUCUCUGAGCACAUGUCCUGCAACAACACCUUUUUCAUGGCAUGGUACCAGGACCCUUACCUUGAAAUAUUACAGAGUUUCGGUGGGGUCAUCGCCUUUCCUUCCUGUAUCAGGCAUUCAAUACGUGCCCGGGCAUGACGCUGUUGCUCUGACUCUUUUUGACGGCUCCAUGCAUAUCAUCCAUGAUGUUACAGAUAACCCUUCAUGGAACGGUUCCUCGAUCACUACCCAGGCACUGUCAGACGCCGUCCGAACAAUAUUCAUUCGCUCUGAAAGUGAAACCAUUCAGGAUAUGGAUGAUAAUCAUAUUAGUGGCAUGGCGCCUUACGAUAGCAUGGGCAGUUUAGUAUGGAUUCACGAGGCAUCACGAACAGCUGACUUCAGUUAUAAACAUGAUGCACGGCAUCAAAGCAUGUUCAUGGUGGCACAAAUAUGGGACCAGAGUGGUCAUAACAAUAUCCUUCGAGCCCUAGAACGCACAUUGAAUUCGGCCCAAGCCUAUACGUCGCCCUUGAAUAACCUCCGGCCAAUAUUCUUUCAUAUCCGAAGCAAGGAUGAAGUAUCAGCCUUGUACACCGAGAUCCUAAAAAUCCUAUCAGUCGACCUACCUGAUUACUCUACCGGCAUUUCUGUUUUUCCAAAACAAGGACAUGCUUUCAGAAGGAGUCUGACGAAGCAUCUUUUUGGCUGGGAUACUCUAAUAGCCUUGAGGAUGAGGCUUUCAGAUGACGCCGUGAAACAGGAAGAACUAGGGUAUACGGCACAGUCACUUCUGAAUACUAUCUCGCAUCGCGUUCUGCGUACCAUGAUCCGCCAUUUAGCCGCCGUUAUGCAUUGCCUUACAGAACAUGACAUUCCCUUCGUGUCGAGGAUGGUAGUGCAGUCCCUCCUUCCUGGUUGUCCUCCAGACCUAUUAUCGGAAGGACAAGAUAUAUCAGAGAAAGUCAAAGCGCUUUUGCCAGAUCAGUCAUCACACGGAUUCGUUGAGCGUUGCCCAGCGUGUCAAGCCGAGAUCCCUCUGGAGGAUAUUACCAUGGCGCGUUGUCCUUCUGGUCAUACAUGGUCUCGAUGUUCCAUAACGACUUUUAUAUUGUCAACACCGUAUCUUCGCACGUGCAUUGGCUGCACCCGAAAGGCGUUUCUUCCGCCAUCAUCUUCUAGUGUUCCAGCCAUCGGGGAUUGGUUGCCAAUAGCAGCUAGAGGUUGGGUCGCGGAAGAACUGCUGGAAGCAGUGCAUCGUUGCCUUUUUUGCGGAAACACUUUUGUUAGCGUACUGUGAAACCUCGCGACGUGCAAAAAUUAGACGUGAUGAAUGAAG